AUGCUGGCAGAUCGGCCGUACACUAGCCUCAGAUGGGCAGCCAAGACGCAAGAUGCCGCUAGCACCGCUCUUCAAGGUGGGCACCUAUUGAAGCACCUUUACUAUCUUAUCUUGAUGACGGUCUUCGUGACCACAACCCUUCCUACAGCGCAGCAGGGGCUGGCCAGAAGUGUUAUCAACUCAGUUCUGCAGCUAGGUAUAGCUGUCGUCCUUGGCUUCACGGACAUCAUCCAAUCAGCAACAGUAGACGGGGUAGGAUUGGGGAAGAGCUAUACGAAUAUGUUCUGGUUUGUAAUUGGUGCUGCCGCCGCGAGUUUGUCGAUUCUGGCAGUCUGGGGGAAGGUGCCUAGGGCCAGUAGUGAUUUGACCGCGGACGAGAAGGCUAAACUCAUUGAAGACGCAAUGACUGUGCAGCGCAGGCAAUCAGCCGCAAGGGAUGGAAAUCGCGCAGAUCAGAGCUUCGCCACUAGAAACAUCCGUGGAUAUCAGAGACUACAUGUCGCGGGCGGUGACGAGAUGCGCGAGUUUAUGGACCAUGUCCACAGCGCAUUUUACGAAGCCACGGGCUGGUCCCGCGACAACUCGUACGCGGCGCUGAAUUCCACCAGUGAUGCCCUCCUCAACUUUCCGACCCCGCGCGGCCUGCGCCUCGCCCUGUCCGCCCUCGCGAGCCCCAACUUUGCCACGUCGUACCAGCUGGGCUCGGUCGGCGUCGUCGACGGUUCCAUCUCGUACCUCUUCUCCUCGGUGCCGCUGCGCGUGUUGCUGACGCCGCAGUCGGAAAAGGUCGCGCUGCCCACGCUGCUGCGCUCCUACCGGCCCCUGACACCGCUGGAGCCGCUGCCGUCGCCGCUCCCGGCAGUGGGCGGCGGCGGCGUCCCCCAUCCCGGCGGGCCGCAAGCGUCGCUGCUGUACGGGAGGCUGUACCUGCCACAGUCGCAGCUCGAGGGGCUCGUGGUGAAGCGGCUGUCGCGGCACCUGCAGGUGCAGUUUAGCGCCGUGUCGGGCCAGCACCUGCGCAACGGCGGCACGACGCUCGGGCUCGCACAGUAUGAUGUGGGCAAGUACGCCGUCGAGGGGCUCGCAUCGUCCGACGGAGGGCUGUUGGGCCUGCGGGGAAUCUACAACUUUGGCGGCGACGCAGAGAAACUACACGGCGGUGCUGAGACGGCCGCUACCGUUCCGGAUGGGACCGGCGAGCAACAAUCGGCAAUGAUUGGCAUCACUGCGACCCCGAAGGCGCAGCCGCCCAACGGCGAAAAGGAGCGCAUCUACGGACGCUUCAGUACAGGCGCCGAAAUUUACUACGGGACGCUCAACAAGUCGGGCGGCAUUAGCCUGGCCACGCGCUUCGCGACGCUGCCGUCCCACCGGGGCACGCCGCUGACGGCGACGCUGACGCUCAACCCGCUCAUGGGCAGCGUGGGCGCGAGCUACGCCGUCGUCGCGGGGCGGCACUGCACAUUGGCGACGCGCAUGGAAUUCAACGUGUUUAGCUACGAGAGCGCAUGGGCCGUCGGCAUGGAGCUGUGGCGCAAACCCUUCACACGGCCACCAUCGGAGGAAAACGACUCGUCACUAUCGCCGUCCCCAACCCCGGCCUCUUGCGCGCGGGAGCGCAGCUUCAGAGCCAAAAUGGAGUGGCGCCUAGACGACGCGAACCCCCAUCAAGCCGCCGAAGCCGACGGGCAGAGGCUGCUUGCUGACCGUGCCGACGCAGAGAAUGCUGCGGCAUCAGGGAGCCCUCCCUCUGCAGGGUGGCAGCAGCGGCGGCGGAAGCAAAGCCAAAGGACGGUCGUGGAUGAGGCGAAGGAGCUUCACCAACCGGGAUGGAAAGCGCAGGAGGAAGAGUACGCGGGGGUGCUGAAGGCGCGCUUCGACCAGAACCUGCGCAUCGGGCUGCUGUGGGAGGGCCGCGUCAAGUCGCUGCUGUUUAGCCUGGGAAGUGGCAUCGAUCUGCGACACAUGGACAAGCCCUUCCGCACGCUGGGGCUAGAAAUUCAAUUUUCGUCUUGA